UUAGAGCUGCGCCCACCGGAGCGAGAGGCGUGGGAAGCCGGCGAUCGCGGGGUCCCGCCAGCGUCCACGCCUUUCCUGCAUCCUUGGUCCCCUUUCCGGGCGCCCCUCCCAACACCGCCGCGGCCAUGCAGCCCCGGUGGGGUUGAGGCGUCCCCAUGGUCGAGCCAGCGGUCGCGACGAGCAGGGCGCAUGGAGAACUUCCGUAAGGUGCGCUCGGAGGAGGCGCCGGCGGGGAGCGGGGCGGAGGGGGGCGGCGCAGCCCCGGGGCCCUUCGCCGAUCUGGCGCCGGGCGCCGUGCACAUGCGGGUCAAAGAGGGGAGCAAGAUCCGCAACCUGCUGGCCUUCGCCACCGCCAGCAUGGCGCAGCCGGCCACGCGCGCCAUCGUCUUCAGCGGCUGCGGCCGGGCGACCACCAAGACCGUCACGUGCGCCGAGAUCCUCAAGCGCCGCCAGGCCGGCUUACACCAGGUCACGCGGCUGCGCUACCGGAGCGUGCGCGAGGUGUGGCAGAGCCUCCCGCCCGGGCCCGCGCCCUCCCCGGCCCCGGCCCCGGCCCCCGCUCCCGGAGAGCCCGCCGCCAGCCUCAGCGUACUGAAGAACGUGCCCAGCCUCGCCAUCCUACUUUCCAAGGACGCGCUGGACCCGCGACAACCCGGCUACCAGCCCCCGAACCCCGAUCCCGGCCCUUCUGCGGCGUCCACCGCGCCCACGUCUAAAAGGAGCCUGGGCGACCCCGCGGCUGGAGAAGGCGCCGCGAAGCGGUCUCAUCCUGGACCCGGGGAGGGGGGCGCGGGCCGGACUGCCUGAGGUGACAACUCCCUGUCCUGGGCCACUUAGAGCCACUGGAUCUUUUCCCCCCAACACCUUCAGUCUUCUGUAUCUGGGAUCCCCCCGGGUGCCCACAGCCUGGACACAAACUUCUCAGACUGGUGUCAUGGACCCCUCUCCCCCGCAAGGCCACAAGAGAGGGGGCCCAGGAGUGGCAGGAGGAGAACCCGGAGUAGCUUCGAGGGAUGUGUUGGCCAAAGAGGCAAAAACUUCACUUUUUUUCUGGGGCUGUAACUAACUGGGACAUGCUUCAGGAAGGCAGGGCUGGGCGGUGGGACAGGCCCCUCAGUAUGGAUGAGUGGGGAGCGGGGACUCUGGUAGCUAGGGAGAGCCCUUGGAAUCAGCCCCACAAUUGACUGGAGGGCACAAGCUAAGGAACUAUAGGGGAGUCUGAGAUGUGGGGGAGUCCUAGUCUGUGUCAUCGUGUCCCUCGCCCCCCUGUAACAACCUGGUGGCUUGGCCCAGAGCGAGAAGCCUGGACAGAAUUUCCCAAGCUUUCCCCCCUUGAGCCCUA